CCCGGUUCCGAUCUCUACUGAACACACAAACCCUUUUACAGGCAACAAAUCGCUAAACUGCGCUUAAAACCCUAGAAUUUCUCAUAAUAAUGUCGGCCGCCGGAGGUGAAAGCGGAUUAGCUCAAGAAGAUGAGAAGAAGCCGAUGGAUCAAUCGGCGCAUAUCAAUCUCAAGGUCAAGGGUCAGGAUGGGAAUGAGGUGUUCUUCAGGAUCAAGCGCAGCACCCAGCUGAAGAAACUAAUGAAUGCAUACUGUGAUAGGCAGUCGGUGGAGAUGAAUUCUAUUGCUUUUCUGUUUGAUGGGAGGCGUCUUCGAGCCGAGCAAACUCCUGAUGAGCUUGAGAUGGAGGAAGGUGAUGAGAUUGAUGCAAUGUUGCACCAAACUGGAGGGGGUGGGAUGUAAGUGCUAGUACUGCUGCUGCUGUUGUUGUUGUUGGUAGGUUAUGGGUUAAGGUUUAUGCAUUAUGAAUAAGAGCUGAAAAGAUGUUACCAGAGUAGUAGUAGUAGUUAAUGUGUGAAUUAGAUAAGGUGUUACAUGAAAUUAUUUCUAGUGAAUCAAGUGUGCUUUUUAAGUUUCAAUUGGUUGUGCUCUCUCUCUACCUUUUGGCUAUAUGAAAUGCACUGCGAUUUAUGUUGG